GAAAGAGAGAGAGAGAGAGAGAGAGAGAGCGAGAGCAAGCUAUUGAGAGUAAAGGAAGAGAUGUUCGAUAACAAUACGUGAGAUUAAGUUUCUACCGGAGAAAAAUUUGAUUAUUACAUUAAUCAUGAAUUUCCUGGCUAAGAGCGUGAUGAACAUAGCAAGGACUUGCGUAGCAAGUUCCAUUCAAGGUAGUCAAUCAACUUUAACAAAAUUCUGCGAGAGAAAUUAUACUUCAGGAAGCAUAUUAAGCAUGGCGAGAGUAUGCAUGACUACAGCAUUGCAAGGUAUAGCACAAAUCAGAUCACAUACCUCAUUAUCAAGACUUCACAAAUAUGGCUCAUAUAAAAAAGUUAGAAAAAAUAAUAAUCCUUUCGGAGCCGGGACGCCAUUCAUGAAGGGCAUAAUUUUAAAGAGCAUCAUUAAGAAACCAAAAAAACCUAAUUCCGCAAAUCGGAAAUGCGUAAUCGUGAGGUUAACAAAUGGCAAAGAGAUGACGGCAUAUGUGCCAGGAAUUGGCCACAAUUUGCAAGAACACAACAUAGUGCUUUGUAGAGUCGGGCGGCUACAAGAUACACCAGGUGUAAAGAUUAAAUGUGUGCGCGGCAAGUACGACUUGCCUCAUGUGAUUAAACGCAACUAGUCCGUAGCCCAACUCAUUAGCUAUUAUUACUAUUAUAUCUGAUUGUGUCAGAAAAUUAAUGAAACUUUCUGUAAAUAAAAAUCGCUGGAUACACAUCGUUACUA